ACGAAUAACGCACGUCUUGCCGCUAUGCUUCGGCAUUUGGCUAUUUACCACAGCCGAGAUUCUUAUAAUCUUUUCCUUGUCCGCUUGGCUCAAGGAAUUACUCAUCUCGGUAAAGGAACUCUUACCCUUAGCCCAUGGCACUCGGAUCGCUCUCUUUUGCGCCCUGUCGCAGUUGCCGGUCUCCUCACACUCCUCGUAUCCUGCAUUGAUAUGCGCAUGACAUUUAUGGGUCGACAUGAUUACUUACUCUUCUAUCUGACCCCGGCAAUCCAGCCACGCCUUUUGAUGACCUUUGAUGAAGAGCUUAAGCCUCUACCUGUAACCGUUCGCGUCGGUCAAGCCGUUGACGUAGUCGGCCAAGCGGGCCGCCCUAAAACUAUUACUGGCUUCCAGACACACACGACUCCGGUGCUUCUAUCACACGGCGAGCGCGGAGAACUGGCUACAGAUGAGUACCUACCAGUCACCAAUCUACCGUUAGAGGGCUUCAUCAUACUGAGAAAAAAUCCUGAUUAUGAAGAGGCCAAGGCCUGA